UUCUGCAGAACCUGGCUCCAGUAAAAAUGUCUGAGGAGGUUCAGCUGGAUACCUAUCUGCAGAUACCAGGUGGGAAUGUAUCCACCCCAUCUUCACCAGCCACAUCCAGGAAUGAAUGCAGCAUCACACCUCUCACACCCUCUCCCUCACCGAGGGUGGAAAUCAGACCCCGGAUGGCUUGUCCAUUCUCUGUUGUCGUCGCCAUAGACUUUGGGACGACCUCCAGCGGCUAUGCUUUCAGCUUCACGCAGGACUCUGAAGCCAUACACAUGAUGAAACGUUGGGAGGGCGGUGACCCCGGAGUGGCCAAUCAGAAGAGCCCAACUUGUUUGCUGCUCACACCUGAUUUGCGGUUCCACAGUUUUGGGUUUGCAGCACGAGAUUUCUACCAUGACCUGGAUCCAGAGGAGGCCCAGCACUGGCUUUACUUUGAUAAAUUCAAGAUGAAGAUCCACAGCACAAGUGACCUCACAAUGGAGACGGAGCUGGAGGCUGUUAACGGUCGAAAAGUUAGAGCUAUUGAGGUGUUUGCACAUGCUCUCCGCUUUUUCAGAGAGCACGCUCUGAAGGAGGUGAAGGACCAGUCAUCUUCAGUGCUGGAGGGAGAGGAAAUCAGAUGGGUGAUCACCGUCCCAGCUGUGUGGAGACAACCGGCCAAGCAGUUUAUGAGAGAAGCUGCGUACCUGGCUGGGCUGGUGUCUCCUGAAUGUCCUGAGCAGCUCCUCAUCGCCCUGGAGCCCGAGGCCGCCUCCAUCUACUGUCGGAAACUUCGGCUCCACCAGGUGAUCGACCUGAGCAUGCAGCCAAUUACCAACGGCCUGGAACUGGACGGAACCCGGCCCUUCGACUCCAGCUUCAGACAAGCGAGGGAGCAGCUGAGACGAUCCAGACACAGCAGGACCUUUUUGGUGGAGAGUGGAACAGGGGAGCUGUGGUCCGAGCUACAGACCGGUGACAGGUACGUUGUUGCGGACUGUGGCGGAGGAACAGUUGACCUGACAGUUCAUCAGAUUGAACAGCCACAGGGGACCCUUAAAGAGCUCUACAAAGCCUCAGGGGGUCCAUACGGUGCAGUCGGGGUGGACUUGGCCUUCGAAGCCAUGUUGUGCCAGAUUUUCGGUGAGGACUUCAUUCACAGCUUCAAAGCCAAGCGGCCGGCAGCCUGGGUGGACCUCAUGAUUGCUUUUGAGGCGAGGAAACGGACGGCGUCCCCAGGAAGAGCCAACGCCCUGAAUAUAUCUCUGCCCUUCUCCUUCAUUGACUUCUACAAGAGACACAGAGGACAGAGCGUGGAGGCCGCUCUGAGGAGAAGCAAUAUGAACAUUGUGAAGUGGUCGUCUCAGGGGAUGCUACGGCUGACGCAGGAAGCAAUGAAUGAGCUCUUCCAGCCCACCAUCAGCAAGAUAGUCAAACAUAUAGAGGAGUUGAUGGGGAAGCCAGAGGUCUGUGGUGUCCGUUUCCUGUUCCUGGUUGGUGGUUUUGCAGAAUCACCAAUGUUACAGAAAGCAGUCCAAAGAGCACUGGGAAGGACCUGUCGCAUCAUCAUCCCCCAUGAUGUUGGCCUAACCAUCCUGAAGGGUGCCGUUCUCUUUGGGCUAGAUCCCACUGUGGUCCGAGUGCGAAGGUGCCCUGUGACCUAUGGAGUGGGCGUCCUCAACCGCUUCGUGGAAGGACGACACCCUCGGGAAAAGCUACUCAUCAAGGACGGGCGCGAGUGGUGCACGGACAUCUUUGACCGCUUUGUCUCCGUAGACCAGUCAGUGGCUCUCGGGGAGGUCGUUCGACGAAGCUACACACCUGCUAGGGUGGGCCAGCGAAAGAUCAUCAUUAACAUCUACUGCAGCUCAAAAGAUGAUAUCACCUAUAUCUCUGAUCCGGGCGUCAGGAAGUGUGGGACAAUAACCUUAGACUUACCGGAACCGUCGGCACCACCUGGAGCGGUGGGAGGAGCAGGAGCAGUAGUGGCUGGGCCAGAAAGGAGGGAGAUCAGAGCUACCAUGCAGUUUGGAGAUACGGAGAUCAAAGUCACCGCAGUUGAUAUCAUGUCUAACAGGUCUGUCCGGGCUUCCAUAGACUUCCUGUCCAACUAAAGUAGGGCAGCAGCCUGAUGAGACUUGAAAUCAACACAACCGAUUUAAAGCAGACGGAGUUUAUGAUGUUCAGUCAGCAUUAAACAUUUUCAUGAACUUUCCUUGUUCAACUUUCUCUGGACAGAAAUGGGAAGACUCUUUGAUUCAAGAGUGAAAUGCUGGAACAGAGUUAUCCUAGGUAUUGCUUAUCAACACCAAGGAAUGAAUCACCUAUAGACCCUACGAAGUAUACUACCUAGAAUGUUUAUUUUAUCCUCAUAUGAUACUCAGUACCUCAUUUAAAUCCUUAUAUGAAACCUUACUGGACUAUCAUUUUAUCUAAUAUGGUAGUGCUCCAUCUAGUGGUAAGAUGACAAAACUACAAGCUAAAAUAUAUGCAUUUACUGAAGGAUUGUGGCAUUAUCUCCAUUUGAAUGUUUUUGACAGCGACAUACCACUGCUAUGGUGUUAAAUAUUUAGUUGAGUCUGAUUUGUUUAGUCCUAAUGAAGUCUGGUUUGUGUUUUAAAGCAUUUUUUUUACAUUUUAUAUAGAAAUUUUACUCAGCUAUGAUCUGCUUAAGAUUACACUUUUACAAAAUGAAGGACAGUGUGUUAUUUUUGAUGGAGGUUUCAUUUUUAAGGGGGAAAAAUUGUCAAUUUAAAAAAACAAAAACCCUGCAUAUAAUGAAGCUCAAACACAUGAAAGGCUAAGGACCUUCUUCUUGAUAGUGACUGGGUUUUUACAAAUCACAGAAUAUUAGGUCACAUCUUGGUUUUCGUCACAGAUUUUCUCUGUGAUUUUCUCUCACUCUUUGCCUCUACAUUGCUAGAAGAGCAAACCACACCUCAGUCAAUGUUAUGGACAAAAAGAAAAAUUGCUGGUGGUUCAAGAUCUCUCUCUAGAUUCAACCCUGGUCCUCACCACCAAAAUUCCUGCAUGUUUUAUUGUCUCUUCUCCAGAACAUCUGAAUCAAAUAACUGCAUAAACUUCUUAGCAGCCAUCAAGAGCUGCAGGGGCUGGCUGAUCACUUAUUUAUUAAAGUUAGGUGUGUGGAGGCAGGGAAAAACAAAACAGUUUCUUACUUUCUACUGCUUUGACCCAGACUCUUAUGAUCAUGGUAUUUUUGUGAGGUUCUGCAAAGAUAUUUUUCGGUAUAUAAGUUGACUUACUGGAAGAACUGUUGGCAAUGGAAGUAUAAGUCCAAAUUCUGCAGAUAUAGCAAGUGUGAUUGUGUGAGAGACACGGAUAAGGAACGCCACCUGAAGUGUUUUUUAAGGACGUGAUGUAAAAUAUUAGUCCCAACGCCUUGGUUCUUGAAGUUUUAAAAUACAUGAAUGUAACAAUGAUGCCAUUAGCAGGACUUUGAAGAAACGGGAUACAAUUUAGCCCCGUAUGUUGGACACGUCAAAAAUGAAGGACAGAAGUUUGGAUGGAAGAGUAUCUGGAGAGAACCCACAAAUGAACAGGGAGAAAAUGCAAAAUCCAGAGUUCAAACCCGGGACUUAUAUCUGAUUCCAUCUUUAAAAAUAUGUUAUUUCCCCAAAAAAUAAAAUCCCUAUAAAAGCUACUUUACGAUUACUGCCACUUUGGCCCAUUUCUUUCAGACAACUGGGUUUGUAGUCUCCCUUGUUUAUACCUAUAUAACUUUCCUUACUAUUGUCUAUAAGGCUGAGACCAGUACUUUGUGGUGGCUAUUAUAGAAUUGUGGCUUUCUUCUUACGCCUCUUAGUGAUGAAUAAGCCGAUAAAUUAGGGGUCAUUUUCUAUUUGAGAGACACAUUUGGGCCCAGGUUCUAACUGCUGUUACCCCGAGAUGUUGGUUUAAUAUUCUUAACACAGUAUAUUAUCUGUUUUGUCAAGUGCAUUAGUCCUUCCUAAAAAAAAAAAAUUUAAUGAUACUGCUAUCAUUGUACCUCAUUACUGGAAAAGUGUUCUCAGGCUAAGCGUACCUGCAACACGAUGCAAAAUUUAGAUGCUUCACUAACCAACAUCCAUCAGAUGCCUUAAAGCUACGACAAGUUUUUGCC